AUGUCCUUUGAGAAUGCUCCAUUUUCAAAAGGUCUCGCGAUAGGUUUAGCGUUGACUUCAAUCGUUGUAGGCCUUUUUGAUGUCAAGUACUACUUUCAUCUUCAACUCAUACCUCAUAUCUCAAGCCAUCACCAGUACUGGCGAUUGUUCACGCGAAAUCUAGCGUUCUCAAGCUCUGGGGACCUUCUGUUGGCAGAAUUGAUCAUAUUCAAUGUCGGGAUUUUGGUUGAGCGACAUUUUGGGACUUUGAAGUUCGCUUCGUUUGUUCUGGUAUCCACUACGCUAUCCACAUUUCUGGAACUCGUUACACUCUUCCUGUUUCGCAAAUUCGGCCUUGCACAACUGCCAGCCGGUCCUUCCGCCUUGAUCUACAGCCUUCUGUAUCAAUAUGCAAGAAUCAUCCCAACGGUUUAUGACUUUCGUGUGUUCGGAAUCCCGCUCAGUAACAAGAUUUUUACCUAUAUACUUGCCCUGCAGAUGUCUCUCAGUCGCCUCCCUGGCUCUGUGACAGUUGCUCUGAUUGGUAUUCUAUCAGGCCAGAUGUACCGUUCCGACAUCGUCAAUCUGAAAGGAUACCGCAUUCCCCCUUCUGUGGCGAGACUGUCAACACGAUUCCUUUUACCUCUCAUAGGCACAACGCGUCCACCUCGCCGGUCAAACUUUGCGUUUCCACGUCCACCUAGAUCAGGACUUUCUGACCUACUCCAAACUGAUGAAGUUGUCACCACUGCACGCCCAACGGCGGGUGCUGCCACGGGGGGAAAUAACACGACAUCACGAUUACGAGCAGCUGCUCGUCCCAGUGCGGAAGCCGGAGCUUCAGUCGUUCGGGAAUGGGUACAUGAAUUGACGGGGAGAACUGAUGGAACAUCUGCUGGAGUCCGAAUCCCUACAGAAACAGAGAUAUCCCAAAUUACGAGUAUGUUUCCUGAUAUCUCACGGGAAGCUGUCGUUGGUGCAUUACAGAGAAGUCCGAACCCCGAGAGUGCGGUGGAGACGCUCCUCAGUUCCCAAAGAUAA